CCCGUGACUGUUAACCUGUUGAAUCUUUUGCUGGUUGUACGAAAUGUGAUUAAUAUAAAUAUUUAAAGAAAUAUAUAUAUUUAUAUAUAGGAAAAAACUGUUUGGUGGUUUUAAUUUAAAGAAAAAAUUUUUUGGUCAAGCAAGAAUGAAGAAAAAAGGAAAGAAGUCUGUGAUAGAUCGUUAUGCCGAUCUAGAAGGAGAAGUUAGCCAUUACAAUCUGAGCGAAUCUGAUGACGGCUUUGACGAUGAUGAGAGGGUCUUGGUUGAAAAUGCGAAAGGGCGGAGGCAAAAGGAGGGAGAGGAGGAAGUGUUUAACGUGUAUCAUUCGAGCGAUGAGGAUGUAGAAGAUGUAGAGUCCCAUGACGACUCGCUCAGCGAUCUCGAAGAGCUCGGCUCGCCGGCCAACGUCGACGACGGGAUACCCAGUGCGAAGGCGUGGGGUGCGGAGAAGCGUUCCUACUAUGACACGGAUUACGUCGACAAGGAUUUCAGCGGUUUCGACGACGAGGAGGCCGCUUUGACGGAGGAGCGUGAGGCCGAUGAGAUACAAAAGCGUAUUCUGUCUCAGCUCGAAGCGGCCGACUUCUCUCUCGGACUGCUCGACGAGGUCGAGGAGCGCAAAGGCGAAGCGGACAAGCCGCACCGUACGGAUGAAGGCGAGAAGGUCGAGAAAGAUCUUACGAAGCUCGCUGCAUCUGAUUUAGUCGACCUGAUCAGAAGAGAGACACCUGGUUUCUUUGGCCUCUUAAAAGACUGCAAAGAAAAACUGAAAAAAUUGAUGACGCGGAUAUUACCAAUAAUUGAAAUGGAAGAAUCAGGCGAGCUGCCAGAAUGCGAAGCUUCUGUUUUUCUACGAACAUACAGAAAAUUUGUCUAUUUUUAUGCAAUGAACACGACGUUCUUUAUGCUGAUGAAGAACAAGCAUGAGAAGACAGACGGCCACCCUAUAGUGAAACGUCUCGGUCAGAUUUCGACAUUCUUGACCGAAAUGGACUCCUGCUUGGACGCUGGCCUCAUGAAACAGAUGAAGAAAAUCAUGACGGGAAAGAACAAAGGCUUGGCGAUCGUCGAAAGCUCCAUUCCAACGAAACCCGCGCCUGCGAAUCGGAAAGAGAGGCGUAAAAUAGAAAAAGUGGAAAAAGAGAAAGAAUUGAAGGAGAAGGCGCAAGUCGAAAAGCUCCAAAGAAGGCUCACGUCGUUCGGUCAGGUCGACUCGGACGGAGAGGUCGAACCGGAGCCGUUGAAUGACGAAGAAGCGAUGGACGUAGAUGCUGAAGACGGCGAGUCGAUCGAGAAGCGAGCCGCCACUUACAAGAUACUCAAGAACAAAGGCCUGACGCCAAGGCGCAAAAAGGAAGUGCGCAAUCCGAGGGUGAGGAAUAGAAACAAGUUCAAGAAAGCCGUCAUUAGAAGGAAGGGGCAGGUGCGCGAGGCCAGAAAGGAACUGGAGAAAUACGCGGGCGAAGUCUCCGGCAUCAAGAAAUACCUGAGCAAGAGCAUCAAAUUAAAAUAGAACCCUAUUUAUUCAAAUGUAAAAUAAUUUUUGUAAAAUAACAAAAUAAAUUGUA